AUGAAUUUCUGUUAUGCACAAAUUAAUAAGCCACUCCAUCAAGCCAGAGAUCAAGAAGGACCCAACGCCGUUGAAGUCAUGUUUCCACUUAGCGGGGUAUUCCUUAGUCCGGAGGAGGUUCACCCGCCACGCUUUGCUCCGGCCUCCUUACCGUUCCGCGGUCUCCGUCCCCGCAUUCGUCCUGGACCGAAAAAGGGUUUCGGAAGCACAUCCGAAGGCCAUGCGCAUUAUAUAUGGGCUCGAACCUCACCCGCCCUCAUUUGCCGUGGUCCACCGGCUGUGCGCUAUUCUGACCGCCGUGGCAUGCCCUUGGUUGCUCACGAUAUCGGAACCCAGAACCAAAGUCACGUUUCACGGCAGCAGCGAGGCAACACUCAGCAGACCGAGAACAGAACCCACCGAGCGACUACAGCGCAGAAGAGACAACAAGAUACCGAUUUCAGCUAUCACUUUGUGAAGAUCACGGCAUCUACGGGCAUCCGGAGGCAUCAGUGUCACACUGCCUCUCACUCACUGGCUGACAUCGAGAUACACGCAGCACGGUCCAGCCAAAGACUCUGGGGAAGGGAAGAAGCGAGAGACAAGGUUCCUGCUCCUACACUCAGGAUGGCGGACCGCAGGCCUUCGGAAGCUGUGCCGACCACGAGCGGAAGACAGUCUCAUGCGAUUCCCGCAGCAUCAUUCCCAACCCAUAACUCGCCGAGGACAUGGCUAAUAACGUCUGCGCUCACGCCACUCGCUGUCCGGCUGAUACGCCAGCUCCUGGCGCAUGGUGACUACAUAGUCGCCUGCCUGCCACCACAUGAGAUUGAGCACGAAGACCGCAGCGCCGAAUUCCGUGAGCUCAUCAACGAGUGUAAGAGCAACCGCAAGGAUCGUGAGGGAUGGAAGGACCGGAUCCGCCCCAUCCGGUGUGAUAGCCGCGUCAUGGGCCAGUGCGGCGCUGCCGUUGCCGAAGCCGUCCAAAUAUUUGGGAGGAUUGACAUUAUGCUCUGUUGCAGAGCCGAAGCCGUUGUGGGGACCGUUGAGGAACUAUCAACCAGCCCUGCGACGCAGAACCUGGUGAGGGACCAGUUCGAGACUGUCUACUUCUCACAGGUGAACUUUAUCAAGGCUGCCCUACCGCAGCUCAGAGCGCAACAUACAGGUCAUAUCAUGGUUCUGACCAGCAUUGGUGGCCACAUUGGGACACCAGGCAUGUCCUUUUACACAGCUGCCGUUUGGGCACUCGAGGGCUUCUGUGACUCGCUAGCAUACGAGAUUGCGCCCUUCAACAUCAAGAUGACGAUUGUGCAGCCCAACAAGGAAAUCCUAAGCCUAACCAACAGGCUCAUAUUCUCGCCGCCACUACCCCAAUACGAGGCCGACCUGAACCCGGCUCCAAAUAUGCGGGAUGUACUGUCUACCGUCCUGAACUCGAAUCCGGACACGUACAUUGAGCAAAGCGAAGACGAGAUACAGUACCGCUACGCGAAACUUCCGCCCGCCACCUUGGACAAGCUGGUCAUGGAGACGGUGCAUGCCUUGACAGCCAUUGGCGGACACGAGAACCCGCCGGCAAGGCAUAUCGUCGGGUUUGAAGGUGCUAUUGCCGUCAGGGAAAAACUGAAGACGGUGACAGAGGAGUUGGAGGACUUUGUUGAAGUUAGUCUGGCCGUGGACAUUUUCGACAGCGAGCUCAAGGCCGAGGCAAGAAAGGGUAGGUCGGAAAUGGAGGCUACACAGGGCAUGGGAGCGGGCGAGGGUUCAUCGGGCGCGGGAAUGGGUGGUUUCCCUGGCAUGGGACCAAUGUCAUGAUAACGCCUGGCUCUACACCGCUAUCAGCUUAAGGAUGGUCGAGCAAAGGGAGUCAUGGCAGGAAUGGGACAAAAUAUGCCUCUGGUCGUCAUAGCUUAGACUCUGUAGGCUACCUGUACUAUUCGAACAAAUGGAAAGGAAAAUCACAAAGGCCACUGUGUCUGCUAUCAUGC